GCCAUCGCCAAGCAGUCGCAAUAUGAGAGCUGCGCUGUUCGGAUCGUGGUUCUGGCUGGGAUUGGGAUUGCUCCUGCUGCUGGCCGGCGACUCCGUCUUGGUUUCCGCCAAGCACUUCUUGCGCUGUGAACUGGCACGCAAGCUGCUCGACCAGCAUGGCUUCGAACGCAGUCUGCUCUCCAAUUGGAUUUGUUUGCUGGAGCACGAAAGUGAUUUGGAUACCGGCAGGAUCGCCACCAAUCCGAAUGGAUCUCGCAACUAUGGGUUGUUCCAAAUCAAUGGCCGGUUUUGUCAGGAGGGAAGACGUGGCGGCAUCUGCAAUGCCAAGUGCGAAGAUUUUCUGGAGGAAAAUCUAAGGGAGUCAGCCACUUGCGCCAAGCGCAUCCAAACCACGGAUGGUUUUCGCCACUGGGCAGGAUGGCAACGAUAUUGCCGAAACACCCAGAAUUUGCCUAAUCUUAAGGUCAUCUGUGGUAUCUAGCAGUAAUUAAGUUAUUUGCAUUCAUUUGCUAUGCUUGCUAUAGCAAAUAAAUAUACUUAAAAUAUACUCUAAAGUUAUCUUAA